AUGUUGAUAGAGGCGCACACCAACGAUGCAGGGCAGCAUAAUCAAGAGCCAUCAUCUCCUCCUCCUCCUCCAGAGCCUUGUGUUCCAUUUGCGGUUUUGGAGCCAGGUGAAUCUAUCCUGGUGAGGAGACCUAAUCUCAAUCCAUUAGCUGUUUUAACGUCUAGUGUAUCCCCAUCUUCUCGAUCGCCUCCAAUCUCGCCAAAAUCCAAAUCAUUGGAGCUCUCACCGACAUCACGAAUACCAUUUUUGGGGUCGUCAGUCCUAAUUGACAAGAACAAGAGUAUGGAUCUGGACGAUAUGAUUUCACGCCUGUUAGAUGCAGGCUACUGCGGCAAGGUCUCCAAGAACAUUUGUUUACGGAACAAUGAGAUUGUAUAUAUCUGUCAAACAGUACGGGAAGUAUUUUUGUCUCAACCAGCAUUGAUUGAACUGAAUUCUCCAGUGAAGAUUGUGGGCGAUAUUCAUGGACAAUAUACGGAUCUUCUGCGAAUGUUUGAGAUGUGUGGGUUCCCGCCGUCAGCCAAUUUCUUGUUCCUUGGCGACUAUGUGGACCGAGGCAAACAGAGCUUGGAGACUAUCCUAUUGCUUUUUUGCUACAAGAUCAAGUAUCCCGAAAACUUUUUCUUAUUACGUGGUAACCACGAAUGCGCCAAUGUCACAAGAGUUUACGGGUUUUAUGAUGAAUGCAAACGUAGGGCUAGUAUCAAGAUGUGGAAGGCUUUUGUGGAUGCGUUCAAUUGCCUACCACUAGCAGCUAUUGUUGCCAACAAGAUUUUCUGUGUCCAUGGCGGACUUUCACCUUCUCUGGGAACCAUGGAUGAUAUCCGAGCUCUCCAACGACCGGCAGAUGUACCGGAUUAUGGAUUAUUGAAUGAUUUGCUGUGGUCGGAUCCAUCAGAUACAGUGGAGGACUGGGAAGACAAUGAACGCGGAGUGUCCUACUGUUUUGGACGGAGUAUUAUUCAAAAGUUUUUGAGCAAACAUGAUUUUGAUUUGGUCUGUCGAGCACAUAUGGUGGUCGAAGAUGGGUAUGAAUUCUUCAAUGACCGGACAUUAGUUACGGUCUUUUCAGCACCGAACUAUUGUGGUGAGUUCGACAAUUUUGGAGCUGUGAUGAGUGUGAGUGAAGAGUUGCUGUGUAGCUUUGAGCUUUUGAAACCCAUUGAUCAGGCCGCAGCCAUGGCGCAAAUGCAAAGUUUGGCGGCUACGAAUGGUGGAUGGCGAGUGAACAAGCAACGGUUAAGGUAA